GCCUGCUCUACCAUCCUCGUUACAAACUCAUCAUGUCUUCCUCAUCCGGUCUUUCUGCAGGCUUCGACGAUCCGGGGCGUCUCCGUCUAAUCACCGCCAUCCUAGAAUCAUUGAGGUCUGCCGAGAUGGCGAUGAAAGCCCCCUUAGGAACGUUAGAGAUAAGUACGCCUAUCUGGUUUGCCUUGUGGCUGGCGGACCUGUCAGAACUUGCGAGAAUUUCUCAAGACUUCAGUCACAACGCCAUGGGUACUUUGCUGCAGUAUAAUGGUGGCAGCUUCGACAGACUACUGACGAUUAUGAGACCCAGUCAUAUACCAGGGUUGCCGAGGUUUAGUAUAGGCGGGAAGGUUGCGACGUCACGACCAGACACAGGGAUAGCCAGCCCUUCGCGGAGAAUUGAAGGCUUUUUGCCCAGCAAACCGACAGAAUCUUGUAUAGGUGCGGUACCAGCGACUAUGGAGAACUCGCCCGCCAAACAAUUUUCCAAAAAGCGGAAGCAUGAAGAGAUGGAGCCGCCCAGCUCUCCCAGUAUCCCAAGUACCAGCAAGGUCAAGAGGGAUCCCACCAAGGAUUGCCUAGAGCGGGACCGCGUCUGCGUCAUUAGUAGAGCCACAGACCCUCUACAAGCCGCCCACAUACUCCCGGCCUCGCUCUCCGAUAUUACAACCAGUAUCCCAAACAUGCAAUACUACGAGUUUAAAGACCUGCUGGCAAUAUUCUGGUCAGAGAGAACAAUCGAGAAGUGGCUACAGGCCAAGGAGGACAUUUUUCUCUCAGCGAUCAACCCGAUAGCACUAAGCCCCAGCUGCCACGUAUACUGGGACCGGGCAUUGUUUGGGUUGAUGCCAGUAGGAGUAUCCGAGGACCGGACAUCGAUGCAGCUUCAAUUCUUCCGGCUGAAUGGCCAAGGCCUCCCAGCGACCGGCAACAGUCUACUACUCCCGCCAAAUGCAGAAGGAAAUGCAAUGAUCGCGCCACUUACGAUGCCCGGGAAAUGCCAACAAGGGGGCAGAGAUCACCACGUCAACGUCGCCGGGCCGAACUUGACGAUUUUCGAUCACCAGGCCCAGCGUAUCAUUCCAUCCGGCGACAUUGUGACAAUUACCACAACAGACCCCAGCACGCUCCCCUUGCCCGACGAGGGCCUCCUCUCCCUUCAGUGGACUCUCCAUAGGUUGGUGGCGUUGUGCGCCGCGGCCGGGUGGCAGCCCGGGAACACGGAAGACGACGACGAAAUCUACCCCGACCAGCUGCACGCAAUGAGCAGGCUAACUUCCGAAGAGGCCGGCCAUUGCCCUCGGAUGAGGGAGAUCAAGCGUCUGUACUUUGAGGAGCGUAUAGCGGAGGCGAGGGACUCGUGGAAUAUUGAUUAUGGUUAUUGA